AUGGAAGGAUGGGGCGAGCUUCUUCAAAUACCGGCAAUUAAAGUGCCGAGAUCUGCUAGAACUUCAGGCCAAACUAUGCAGAAGAGCAUAACUUCACUUAUCUUUGACGACUCUCACGAUUUAAUCUGGCUGGGUGACUCUUCCGGUUAUCUUUAUUCAUUUUACGGUCUUAAAUUGCAGCCCUAUGUGUCGUGUCAUGCUCAUAAGGGUCCAAUUAAUCAAAUUCUUGGUCAUAAGAAGGGAAUUGUUUCACUUUCAAGUCGUGCCGUACGUCUAGGCACCAUUGAAGGUACCCCUAUCUAUCAGGUUACGUGUUCUCCUGAACAUGGCGGUCUCAGGUGUAUGUCUUAUACUUCCAAUACUCAAACAGAGCUUUUGGUGGGUGGUAAAGCGUCGUCUACCAGAAGUAGGAUUUUCAAAGUAGAUCUGGUUAAUGGGAAUUUGGCUGGUUCGAUCAAUUACGACCAUGACUUACUUUUCAUGGACACAAACUUAAGGUAUGUGAUUCUUGGAAGAUCCGAUGGUUGUAUUGAUGUCUUAGAUCCUAAAUCCCAGAAAAUUGUCAAGACUUUCCGCUGCAAUUCUGCCAGCCUAUCGUCUAUGUGUGUUCAUGACAAUAUGGUGUUAACCACAGGCUACUCGCUCAAAAAGGAUCGAUUUGUGCCUGAUCCAAUGGUGAAUUGUUUUGAUUUACAAACACUGGAUUCCCAACCCCCGAUAGCGUUCCCUGCAGGUCCUGCCCAUAUAUAUAUUCACCCUGUAGUGCCCAAUUUGGUACUCAUAGCGUCAAACAUGGGUCAAAUUCAUUUCGUUGAUAUUUAUCAUCCCACGAAGCUUCAAAUUUAUCAGGCCGAGUUGACCUCUUAUAUUACUCUUUUUGAUCUUGCGGCCUCUGGUGAUUGUUUUGUCUUUCUCGACGGCAUGCAAAAUCUCCACUUGUGGGCACGUGUUCCCAAUGCAAUGGCUCCUAUUCCCAAUUUCACUGUCUAUAGUACUCAAAUAGGGCUUCCAGCAGUUGAAAGAGAGCCUAUACCGCUAUCCAAUAGGCUCAAUUUUGAUAUGUAUAUGCCUCCUCUCAAUGGCAUAAAGCUUCCACACUAUGAAGAGAUGCUUCUUUCUGCUUGGCCUACUGACAUGAUGUUUCAGGUUGGGUCUGUGCCCAAACCAAUUGACUAUGAGAUUAUACGGAGUAUAGAGACCAUUCAAGGGUUUAAAGUUGCCCGAUAUAAUAAGAAAAAAUUUGGUGCUCGCAAUGUCGUGAUGCCUUAUGAGCAAAAGGAGACACUUGUAGUGCCUAAGUUUAUUAGUGAGAAGGAAGAGGAAGAGGACGAUGAAGAUGAUGAUCAAGUUUUUGAUUACCGGGAAGGCAAGCAGCUUGACACAGCCACUGAUCAUGAAAGUGGUGAUCGAGCAUUAACGAGUGAUGAAACCACCACAUCUUCAAUCUCUGGUGCGAUGUCUUCCAUGGGUAAAUCCAGAUUUAGCACGAUCUCGUCUACAGACAACAUACCUGAUGCCUUUUGCCCUGUCUCUAUUUCUUACUCUAAAUUUGGGGUGGAUGACUUUGAUUUCGCAUAUUACAACAGAACAUGCUUCUCCGGUUUAGAGGCUGAUGUCGGUAACACUUAUACCAAUUGCAUUCUUCAGCUUUAUAGGUUCGAUGCUCCACUUUGUAAUUACAUUUUAUCGACUCUUGCAGAGGACGUCAUGGAGGAAAACUCGAUUCUUGUUGAACUGGGGUACUUGUUUGAUAUGAUGGUUAAGGCCAAUGGACAGCAUUGUGCUGCGUCCAAUUUUCAGCGAAUAUUCUCUUCCAUCCCGGAAGCUCAGAGGUCAGGAUUAGUGAAUGAAGAAGGGAAAGUGUACGAUGAUUACGGACAGAGGCGACUUCUCCAAGCGUUUAAUAGGUUUAUUCUUGAAAGAAUUUCACAGGAUGAGAAGCGUCUUUACAAUACAUUACAGUCUGAUAAGAUGAAUUCCAUUAUUGGUGUUCCCACGGAGACGGCUGUGUAUUCGAACUUUUGUUCUCUCAGUCAAAAACGGACCACCAUCUUCCACUCCAUCGAUGUGAAUUCCUUGCCUCUACCACCAUCAACUCCGUCCAAUAUGACUAUCUUGAAUUAUGUUGAGGCUUCAAUGAACAAGAAAAUCCAACAUAUGAUCAAUUGCGAUAUAUGCAAGAGGCAUCAUUUUAUAGAUGCAUCUCUUCGGGUGGAAGAACUUCCGAAAGAUCUUAUUUUGAAUAUCGAUCUCACCAAUGAGCAGCUCAAUGAGGUUCGCUUUCUUAAAGGGUGGCUUGUGCCUGAGUUCUACAUGGUAUUAUCUACGGCCGGAAUACCGAUGUUGCGUACAAACAUUGUUGCUGGUAGCCAGGUAGGCGUGAGGAAGUACCAGCUAGUAGGAUAUGUUGCCCAAGUUACAGACAGAGUAAACAGAAGUCAUCUGGUGAGUCUCGCUCGAGUUCCGGACGAGGUCAACAAAUGGUGUCUUUUCAAUGAUUUCUUGGUGACUCCGAUUGCUGAAGAGGAAGUGUUUAAUAUGAGCUACUGGUGGAAAAAACCUGUCGUUGUUGUUUACAAGUCUGUGGACACCGAAAGCACUUUUGAUUAUGAGUGUUGGAGGAAUUCUCUAAAUGACGAUAUUCUUUACAAAGAUCAUUUCGCGAAAGGUACUAGAGAAGGUAAGAUCAUUGAAUAUGAACUUCUUACCAACAAUGAGGCACCACAUCCCGGAUCUAUGGUCGCUAUUGAUGCUGAAUUUGUUCAAUUGGUACCACAGGAGUUUGAGAUCUCCUUCCAUGAUCAUAAGAAGUUAGUGAAGCCGAAAAAGUUGGCAUUGGGACGGAUAUCUGCGUUACAAUGUGAGGGUGAAAAGGAAGGUGAGUGUUUUAUCGACGAUUACAUUGUAGCCACAGAGCACAUAGAUGAUUACAUUACGUCCUUUUCUGGUAUCGAGCCGGGAGAUUUGGAUCCAGACGUAUCGAAGAGAACCUUAGUCACUCUGCAGACGGCAUACCGAAAAAUGUGGCUCUUACUUAACUUUGGGUGCAUUUUUAUUGGACAUUCUCUCAAGGGCGAUUUCCGAAUGAUCAACAUUAAAGUACCAAAGAAUCAGGUGAGAGAUACUGCGGAGUUGUUCUAUCUUAAAAAGGAGAAGAGAAAAUUGAGUCUAAAGUAUCUAAUCUAUCAGUUGUUCCAUGACAAUGUUCAAACGGGGAAUCACGAUUCCAUUGAAGAUGCAUAUUCGGCGAUGAGAUUAUACAGAAAGUACCUAGAGCUAGAAAGGACAGGAAUGCUCGAGUUUACACUGCAAAGGAUUUAUCUUGAAGGCCAGAUGUCGCGGUUUAGAAUUCCUCAGUGA